AAUCACACUAUCGAGACACGCCUUGUCAUAUUGUACUCCAUGAACACUGGCCCCACAGGAAAAAGAAGAAAAGGAUAAAAGAAACAAGAAAAAUACACGAACUGGCCCUCGUAUGUAUAUUGUCACGUUGAUUUCCUAGCCGCAAUAUUCCCAUAUCUUUUUAUUACCUUUACCACGCAACAGUAUUCACGACUAAACUGGGAAAUGCGGCGUCACCCGUAAGGCACCCCAAAUAGCGUGACAAUAAUAAAAUUGUAAACGCGCACCAGUUUAUUCUCCGUUGUUGAUGUAAGGAAAGCAGGUUCACCGGUUUUAGACGUUAUUAUUCGGAAUUCAUCACAUGCUGUAAUAUAAGUUAUUGACUAACUUCCUCCAAAUCAGUUUCCUCGGUUAUACAGCACUCGAGUGUGUGUUAUUUUUCUAGAAAUUAUGCUUGGAAAGGCUAUUUUAUUAGUUUUUCUGUCGGUGAGCGCCUUCAACUUCACCCAGGGCCAGACAAACGACACGACGAUCUCCGCAGAGAAAGUAUAUCUUAAAAUCCAGGGUCAAUCUGGAGGAAUGGUCAUCGGACGAGUUCAGAACCCGGACCAGGACAAUAACGCAGUGAAAAUUAAGUUUGACGCCAUACAAGAGGUGAACUCGGCCGGAGUUGCUGUCGGAGCCUCGGGAAGAAGCAAACACAGUUUUAACAAUUUUGCUCAAUUAGACUUCACGUUUUCUAGCCUUGAAGAUACUACUUAUAAAAAUUUGACAGCGAAAACAGUCAGCUUCAAGGCCUCCAUCAGUUCUGUCAACGCAAAUCUGACCGUGCAGACCUUUAUCAUUACCGAGGCGGGAAACAUCACCAUUGAUGGAGAAUCUACAGUAGUGGAGAAGGGCACCGUCAAAUUUAACAUUAACAUCGAAGGCUGGGGGUUUUGUGACGCUUCUGGAAACUGUAGGAAAGGGAACCAGGAUGAAAUUGGGGAGUAUAUAGACUUGACCAUCUCUAUCAAAGGGAAGGGAACGCCAAGCAAAAAAGCUGGAAAUAAUAAACGCUCGGAAGGAGAGGAGUUCGAUCUAGGGGGCGAUGCGUCCGUAGCAUUGUCUAAAAAGAUUUCAAUGGAUGGUGGAAGUUAUGAGGAUAUGCCUGGAAAUUAUCCCACUUUCAGGACACAGGGCAGCAAACAGCUCUUCGUCUUCCGGUUCCCCAAAUUCAAUAAUUCCGUGCUAUACGACCCCAUCAUAUAUACUGGGAUUGCCGAUUCGAGUAGUGGAGCUGCCGCCAUUCAGUUUGGAUUUUCUCUACUUCUUGUGGUCAUCAUGGGUGUUUUCACGGCUGUUUAGAUCUGUAAUGUGGGAGUUCUAGAGUAUAAACUCUCUCUAUCUGAUGACAUAAGAUACCCUCAUUCAAUGUUAGCUGCCAUCUUGGUUUUUUAGCUCACUAGAGCUUUUCUGAUCUCGCGUUGUCUGUUGUCCAUAUGUCUGUAAACUUUUCACAUUUACAACUUCUUCUCCAGAACCAUUCGGCUAAUUUCAUCCAAACUCGGCAAAAAACAUCCUUGGGUGAAGGGCUUUCCAGUUUAUUCAAUUAAAGGGCCAUGCCUGCUUCAAAGGGGAGAUAAUCACAAAAAUGCAAAAGUAGGAUGGAUCCAUUUAAAAAUCUUCUCAAGGACCACUGGGCCAGAAGAGCUGAAAUACAUAUGAAAACUUCCUGACAUAAUGCUGAUUCAAGUUUGUUAAAACCAGGACCCCGGGUAGGUUAGGGCCACAAUAGGGGAUCAAAGUUUUACAUGCGUAUAUAUAGGGAAAAUCUUUAAGAGUCCUCUUUUCAGAACCACUGGCCCAGAAAAGCACGAAUUUUCAUAAACGUUUUCUGACAUAGUGCAGAUUCAGGUUUGUUAAAAGCAUGGUUUUGGAGGUAGGUUUGGGGCCAUAAUAGGGGAUCAAAGUUUUGCAUACAAAUCUAUAGGGAAAAUCUUUAAAAAAAAUCUUCUUCUCAAGAACCACUAUACCAGAAAAUUUUUCAUUUACAUGAAGGUUUCGUGUCAUAGUGCAGAUUAGUAUAGGGUGGGGCCACAGCAGGGGAUCAAAGUUUUACAUCGGAGUAUAUACGGAGAGAAAAUCAUUAAAAUAUUAGCCAAGGUGAUGCAGGUGAUUGAUAUGGCCUAUGGGUCUCUUGUUUUUUAAGCAGCUACAUCACUUGCAAUUUUUAGCAGAAAGUUUUAUUUAACUUGAUAAUUACAUAGUUGUAUAUAUAUUCAUAAUGUCGAGUACAUGUGAUUGUAUACUGUCUGGUAUGGAAGAAUUUUAAGUGUGUAAAAAGCUACACGUAUACUUUAAUACUGAACUUGGACCAUGGUAUAAAUGUAAACACAGUGUGUGGUUAUGUAACACGUUAUGCAUAUUGAAUGAAUGAAAAUGAGAACUUUGUGUAAAGUUUGCAUGCAUUUAAAAAAAAAAUGGUUAACAUAUAUAUGUAAUAUGCUUUCUGGCAAACAAAGAGCCGAAAUUGAAAUGCAAUAGAUAUGUAGGGUGUCUACCACUUCAUUAAAACAUAAAUAAAAUACAUUUUGAGCCAAUA